CGUUUAAUUUUACAACGAAGCACUUAUCAUUUAGAAGUGCGGGCUACAUUUUUAUAAAAUGAAUCUUUUAAUAUUUUCAUUAUUACUUUUCAAUCUUCAGUAUGUACGUUGUAUAGAUUUUGAUUCAGGAUAUCACCACCUAAUAGAAGUUAUUCUUCAUAUACUAUCGAACGCUGAUAUGGAAACAACUACCGAAACCCGAUGGAUUGAACAGCCACUAGACCACUUCAAAUCGAAUUCACAGACUUGGAAAAUGAGAUACUUUGAGAGGUUAGAUCACUUUAAGCCUAACGGUCCAAUAUACGUCUUUUUGGGUGGGGAAGGUGAAGCAAAUCCGAGCUAUCUAUCAGUUGGAACAGUUUUUGAAUUGGCAGAAGAAACGAAUGGAGCAAUGUUUAUGACCGAACACCGUUAUUAUGGCAUGAGUAAACCUUUCAAUGACUCGACAACGGAAAAUAUGAAAUGGCUUUCUUCGAGACAAGCUCUUGCUGACAUAGCGAGACUAUUACAGCAUAUAAAAUCUAAUUCUAUAUUCAUAAAAUCAAAAGUGGUUCUGAUUGGAGGAUCUUAUGCAGGUAAUUUAGCUGCGUGGAUGAGGCUAAAAUAUCCUCAAUUAGUCGAUGCAGCUAUAGCGAGCAGCGGUCCAGUUUUAGCAAAAAAAGAUUUUUAUGAAUACCUUGAGAAAGUAAAUGAUAAUUAUGAUCAAUAUGGUACAACAAACUGUUGGAAAACUACUCAGCAAAUGUUUAAAAGAUACCAAGAAAUGCUUCAGAGCUCUCAAGGCAUUGAACAGCUCAAACGAGAGCAUAAUAUAUGUCAAGAAAACGAUUUGACUGAUGUAAAGAAUCAAUGGAUCUUCUUCAUGUCAAAGAUAUCACCAUAUAUGACCAAGUCGCAAUAUGGCGGCCAGAAAGAAAUAAAAAAACAUUGUUAUUAUAUUGAAAUAAUUGAACGUUUACAAAAAUUUAAGUUUUUUGAAAAACUUGUUUGGGAUUCAAGAGACGAUUGUAACGAUGUGACUUUCGAUGGAUUGAUUACGUAUUUAAAUCAAACAGAUUUCUAUCAUUCAUGGUUUUACCAAGUGUGUACAGAAUUCGGUUAUUUCCAAACAACUUCUUCUGAAGACCAACCAUUCGGUGACGUUCUACCCACUGGGUAUUAUUUGGAAAUUUGUAAACAACUAUUCGGCUUUGAUGAAUCAAGGGUUGAUGAUGGGGUGAAAAAUAGUAAUGAGAUGUAUGGUGGACUAACACUGAAUGUAACUCAAGUUGUAUUCGUUAAUGGCGAUAUGGACCCUUGGAGCACUAUAAGUGUCAUUGAAGAUAGGUCUUAUAGAGCCCCUGCUGUUGUGAUACCUAGAGAAACACAUUGCUCUGAUCUAUAUGUAGGUCGCGAUGCUUCUGAAGAAUUGAAAGAGGCUCAGAAGCAUAUAAAAAGUUUGGUUAAACAUUGGAUUGGUCUAGGAGAUUACACCAAGCCAUGGGUAUGAUACUAUAGAGUUUGUUUUUAUAAUGCAGUUUAAAAAUUUGAAAAAUAUCUCAAAAUUAAUCAAUCGUUAGAAUGAUAAACUGUGAUGCCCAUAUUUAUUAUAUAUCAAGGUUUAUUAAAUAUAUUAAUGCAGCUUCAACCUAGUUUCAAUGAGUUUUGGGUGAUAUAACAAAAAAAAAGGUUUUAAAAAUAAUUGUAUAUUUAAUUCAUACAAAUUUCCUUAGAUUAGGUUACUUGAAAACCAACGGCCUGCGAUACAGUCAGGUUGUUGAUAUUAACACUAAUUCAAAAGUAAAAUCGCCAACACGGUUAGUGUAAAUACGAAUUAAAUAAAACUAGAUUGUGUGAUGGCGAAAUUACUUUACUAUGUAAAAUUAACAAACAUUUUUCGAUAAUAAAUACAUUUUUGUUUCAAAUAAUCUAUCUACUUUUUCAUAAAAUCGUAUAAAUACGUAUAUCCAAAAAAACGAGUUCCGUUACAAAUUACCAUACAUCCGACAUUACUGAUAAUUAAAUUAUUUAAAUGUUACUGUGGUAUUAUUCAUAAUUAUUAUGUUUAGUAUACAUAUAAAAUAAAAAUGAAAUGGUAACAUGUCUAGCACCUCCGAUACGAUAAUUUUGAAAUUGAACAUAGAAACAGACAAUAAGCAUUAGUAUUGUGGUUCGUUGAAUGAAAUAAAAUUUGUAUACUUAGUAGGAUGUCAAGAGAGAUAAAACAUAGAGAUUAAUUAAUAAAUUCAUAUAAAAUUACAUCAUAAGCUACAAUAUGGAUACAUCCUAAAGUACAAAAUUAUCGAUACUAACAAUAUCUAUAUUAAGAUAAUAUAAUAAUUGAGUAUUAAUAUAUCUACUUACAUUUAAGUAAUUAGCCAGAUAAAUCAGCAGGUAUAGCAUGAAUAAAAAA